CGUGUUCCUGGAUAUAACGAAAACAGUAAUGAACCAGGCGGGGCCAAGUGUGCCAGUUAGAUUAGGCUACAUGCUGCCACAGACGGCGUACAGUACAGCUCUCCAAGACGCACAAUGAGAUACAUGUGGACCGUCUUCUUAACUGUCAGCAUAUCUGUUGCUACUGGCGACUUUGUUCGGCAGCUACCCAACGUUGCGCACUAUGAAGUUGUGCGGCCGCUGCGACUGAACGGCAGACACAAGCGGAGUUUAUCGCAAGGGGAUGGGACGAAACGGUAUCCAGAUGAACUUUGGUACGAGCUGCACUUCGCUGGGAGAAAUCACACAGUUCACCUUGAGAAGAACAGGCUUCUCAUUGGACGGAAUUUCAGUGAAACGCACUACAAUCAAGAUGGAACUUCUGUCACCACCUUACCAUUUAAUAAUAACCAGUCACUGGAUCACUGCUAUUAUCAUGGAUACAUCCAAGACUUGGAAGACUCCUCGGUCAGUGUUGGGAUCUGUUCGGGGAUUAGUGGUGUCCUGCGGGCCAGGCAACAGGUGUACCUGAUAGAGCCCCUGGGGGCAGGUGUGGAGGGGGAGCAUGCGGUCUACAGGCCAGAGCACCUGAAGGGGACAGGUGGGGCCUCCAACACCACAGAGGGACGCGACAAUGCCAUCCCACCUCGAGUGGCACGGGUGUACCAUCCCUCUGGCCAGCGAAACAUGCCACGUUUUGACAAACCCCGCUAUGUGCAGUUGUACUUGGUCGUGGACAAAACAGAGUAUGAGCGGUAUCAAACCUUGGAGAAUGUACGGGAAAGGAUGCUGCAAGUAGCACAUCUCAUUGACUCGUAUUACCGACCAGUGAAGAUUCGCGUGCUGCUUGUGGGCAUGGAAGUGUGGACGGCCUACGACAAGUUCCCCGUCAGCAUCUCUGAAGACCAAACCCUGACCGACUUCCUCAAAUGGCUUAACGAGGGCCAUGCCAAAAAGGUCCACUUCGACAACGCACACUUUGUCACUGGCAUAGACUUUCUUGGCGAGACCGUAGGCCUGGCGAACAAAUUUGCCAUGUGCUCGGAGAGAUCUGGUGGAGUUAAUCAGGACUACCAUGAAAGUGCUUAUGCCUUGGCUGGUACUAUAGCCCACGAGAUGGGUCACAACCUGGGCAUGUCACACGAUGAGCCCGGCUGUUAUUGUGGGCCCGACUACGAGAGUAAAUGCCUGAUGCUGGAUACUGUUAACAAGCAUUCGAUAGUAUUUCCGAGCCUCUUCAGCGACUGCAGUCUGAAGCAGCUAAGUGACUUCCUGAACAGCCCGGCCAUUGGUUGUCUGGACGACCCUCCCCAGCCGGACUCCCUGUACGGGGGAGCCCUCUGUGGGAACGGGGUGCUGGACUCUGGGGAGCAGUGCGACUGUGGACCAGCGGAGGACUGUAAUAACCCCUGCUGUGAUGCAUCUACGUGCCACUUCACCGACGGCUCGGAGUGUGCAGAAGGAGGCUGCUGUGAGAACUGUCAGCUCAAGCCGCCCGGUAGUGUGUGCAGGGCGGCGGCUCACGACUGCGACCUGGAGGAAUAUUGCACAGCUUCCGGAACCUGCCCCGAGGAUUCUUUCAAGAUGAACGGAGCGUUGUGUAACUACGGCGACGGCUACUGCUACAACGGCCUGUGCCCCAGUGCCACGUCUCACUGCAAACGGCUGUGGGGUCCAGAUGCACGGUCACCUCCUGAGUGCUUCCACCGGAACAUGAGGGGGGACAAGGAGGCCCACUGUGGGUACGAUCGUUACCGCCCCAGGCCCUGCUCAGACAGGGACAUGAUGUGUGGAAAGCUGUUUUGUCAUGGAGAUGGCUUUGGGGAAAAGGAUCCGGUCACGGGGCAGGAGAAGAGGCAUCCGUUCACUGGCAGGGGCGGCAACUGGCCGGGCAUCUGCUACUUCCUGCAGGACCUGUACGACCCUGGCAACCAGUAUGGCAUGGUGCCCACUGGCACCAAAUGUGGACUGAACAGGGUGUGCUACAACUACAAGUGUCAAGAUGUGGAGGUGUAUGGAAACAAAGAUUGCUCAGCAAAGUGCAGCAGCCAUGGGGUGUGCAACCAUAAGGGGGAGUGCCACUGUGAUCCAGGCUGGGCUGGACCCAACUGUAACAGCAAGGAAUACAACCCUCCUGGAAAUGGAGUCAUCAUUGGGGUGUGUGCAGCUGGUGCGGUGAUCCUUCUUCUUGCUCUGCUGGUCGGAGGUGCAAGAUUCUGGAAGAAGGGAAAACCAAGAUACUUCCCCUGUAAAAAGAAAUCCCAGCCAGGGAAGUUGACCCCUGCCCAAUCGCAAGGGCGUGCUGAUAGCGGCAGUGGUGGCCGAGGAGAGACCCAGCUCUCUCAGCCCCUCAACAUCAGCCAGCCUGUCUUCCUGGAGACCACCUCCAAACGGAUGGACUCGCCCUCCGUCAUCCCUAUUGCUCCCUGCCGCCCCGCACCACUGCCACCACAAAAUUCUCCAAGACUGUCGAGUCAGGGCAGCAGUGCACAUAUGAGGCCUACCCCCCCUCCAAAGCCUUCUCCUGCUGUCCCUGCGAAACUGCCUCAUAAACCCACUCCACCCCCAGUACCCCCAGUGAAGCCCUCAGCGCCGAGUGUGGACACCAAACACCCACAGUUUGGGGCAGGAAAGGCAGCCCUGAGGCCUCCUACCAUGCCGAGACGAUAAUCCGAUUGAUAGCCGCAGGUCAUCAAACCACUAUGAAUUGCCCCAUUUAACAACAAGGAAUCCUCAAACUGAAUUGCAACUCCGAGCCAAACCACUGUUCUCGUGCGAACCUGUGCCUGGAAAGGGUUCCUCUGGACUUCUCAGGACCAAAGCCUUGGUGUGCCAGUAACACAUGCGAGAUGAAGGAGGAAGUACCUCAUUUGAGUGCGUAUAUGUGUGUGUGUUCAAGAGGGAGGGAGAGAUGUGAAUAUAUUGCUGUGUUUUUAGUUCUUUGGCUGCACUGUUUCUAAGGGGUAUUGUGAGCAGGUGAUUUAGUAUUAAGUUCAACUUUUUCCAGUAGGUGUAGUGUUGUAAAGCAUUGUUACAGAGGAGUCAUGACAUUUCAGGGGUGCAUUUCUCGAAACCGUACUUGCACAACCACAUUAGCUACUUUGUAAUGCAAUUUCCCAUUGCCAACUAGAGUAGUAGAGUAGAGUAACUUUAUUGAUACCCGGGGGGAAAUUCAGGUGUCCGGUAUCUUACAUAAAUAAUACACAUAACGCCCACAAUUGUGCAAAAACAUAUUCUGUGAGUAUGUGUAGACAAAUGUGCAAAAACAUACUCUGUGAGUUGAGGUAGAAAAGAGUAACAUGAACAGAAAAUGAGUGUUGACAGAUACAUCUAUGAUAUAGUACUGCGAUGUAGAAAUGGCUAACUGGCUAUCAAUGACACUUUCGAGAAAUGUACCCCAGAAGAGUGUUACAACUCCGUUGUCCACUCAAAACUACGCCUAGGCUGUGCCUUUACUUAAACCUAACUCUCCCUGCUCUCGGGAAUACUCUACGCUCUCCUGUGGAUUGUAAGAUACUGAAUGAAUGUCACUUUUCAGAUGCACUUUUAUGUAUUUUAUUUUUUCUACUGUCCUAUGAAUGAAUGAAUGAAUGCUUAUUAUUUACAGUAUGUUUGUUAGUAUUUAAAUUCGAAGUUUAUGCAUAAUGUUAUAUAGUUCUAUAUGAGAUGGGAAACUAUGAAUGUGAAUUUAUUGAAUAAUAAAUAUUUGCGAAGUACUGUA